AUGAGGGUAGAAGACUUGGAUGUUGAGGUUUCCUCAAGUGAUUAUGACACCAAGUGCAUUGAGGAUAUUCAAGAGGGUUAUGAUCGACUAGUUGAAGAAUUUCUCAAAGAAAAUAAGAGAGUGCAUGCAUUGAGCACAAGGCUCAAAUCAAGUGUAGAAGAAAAGCAAGCACUCCAUGCAGACUUAAUGAAGUCCAAGGCUCAAAUUUGUGGGCUUGAAGAAGAGAAUAAUUCCAUGAAGGACAAGGUGAGUUUUCUAGAGAGUGGAUAUCAUGGGCAUGUAAAGUCUAAGAAGGGUCUAGAGUUUAAGUGA